CGCAUAUGUUCGUCGCAGCCUAAACGCCCCAAUAGGAAUGCCGGCAGAUGCGAGGUAACUCUUCAAGAAUUGUCACCAAUUGGAAACACUCACAACAAAGGCCCAUUAUCCGUGUCUUCUGUUUUGCGUCUUGCGCUUGUAUAGGUACCUAGGUAUUUCCCCCUUCUCCGUUGGCCCCGACGGCCAAGAACCUAGGUUCCUUUCAAGGCGGAAGGAGACCGUGGGUCUACAAGGCAGGUGCCACUGAGAGAGGGCGGUCGGAACCGGAGCCGACACCGGAGCUGCAGCCCGGGCCAUGACGCCUUCCACUUUUAGCGAUGAAGAGGCGCCAAGAGGGCCAACCAACCAUUCGGCGGGUUCCGCUCCUCCUAGCGACAGCUGUCAAUGUGCCGUCAACCUCAACGCCAAUCAGCCUCAGCAAUUGUUGCCGUUCUUCGUUCAAGUGAGAAAGGUGCAACCUCUUGUUUGUUGGGGUUUCGGUACAGUGAACUGCAAAGCGAAGCUCCAGCGAUUUGCGAGCUGACAUCAUUUACCGUCCAUAAAUCGUCUCCUUCCCUCUUGGUCAUAGCUGCCCAGCCGCCGAGCCUGACUCCCACUUUCCCAUCGAGGCUCCGGAGCAGGGGGAAACAGACCCACGUCAAAGAAAUGGCGUCGUUGCUUCCCCUUAUCCAGGAUCUUCUGCCCAUGAUCAUGCCAUCGUCCAUUCAUAUCGCCAGAGGAACAGACAUCAUCACCCCCUCUCCACCCCCUGCGGAUGUUCCCGGCGAGCCCGGACCUGCAGUACGGGAGCCUGUCAUCAGCAGAAAUGCCAUCGUUGGCAAGACGGACAAGAUGUGCGCCUCAGUCGUGGUAGUAAGACCCAAUUCCUCAACGGCCGUACACCACUAUUGCGAGCAAGAUGCCAUCAUCUACGUAGCCUCCGGAAGCGGCAUCCUCCUCACUAGCCCCGACGACGAGCUAUCGGAACCAAAACGGCACCAGCUGGUCAAGGGGGACUUUGCCUUUAUCCCCCCCUGGACCGAGCACCAGGCCCUGAACGAAUCCGACGACGAGGACUUGGUGUGGGCGGUCAUCCGGAGCGGGUCUCGGCCGCUGGAGGUAAACCUGACGGACUGGGGAGGUGCCGAGGCAAAGAUCGGGGCGAGCAGUUGAUGAUGCACGAGAGGUCAAUGACCAUGACACUCACCGGUUUGUAUUUCCAGAUUGGGCUGUUCGGUCAGAUAUUGACAUUCUUGGGAAGCAUUUUCUGGAGAAAGGGAUCGUGUCAUUGUGCCCAACGUACCGUGACACGAACCCUCUGAUUCUAGUUUUGGGAAUAUCUAGCCUUGUAGUCCGAAUACACUCUCCAAAGUCGCGAGCAAGCAUGAUGUUCCCAAGUUAUAGACGCCUGAUGGUGUCUAUCCACCACCUCUGUGUACAAGGAUCCACAGACAGAGAAG